GCCAUGUUCCAAACAUAUCUUCCUACUUUGAAUUUUCCAUGCAGUCUUUACACCUCAUUUUUAUAAACCAUGAAUACUGGAAAUGUCCAGAGUGAAAACUUUCGGUUUGUUUUAGCUUUUCUUCUGUCUUGAAGAAUAAAAAAAUAAAGAAAUACUACUAUCAACUUUAUACGAAUCUAGAUAGACUGUGCAUAAUUUUUGUAACCGGUUUGUUGUCCAUAUUCUCAAAAUGAAUAACCCCGGAUUGGAAACACCAAUUCGAAGUACGUCUUUUAAUCACUUAAUGGGUACUUUGUCCCAAAAAAAACUCUUUACGCCUUCUAGAAAUCGAACUAGUUUGUCAUCUGCUCAGAGAACUGUGACACCACACAAGCAACGAGCUUUGGCCAGAAAAAGUGCUCUCCAUAGAAGGAAGAGUAACAUUCCUUCUAAUAAAACACCGCGAGACAUACUUAGGGUAUUGAGUCGUGCUUUGGCAAAGCAGCCAAUUCCCUCUCCAGCCGAAACCAGCGGUGGCAGCUCCCAAAAGAAGCGCCGUAGGACAUCUUCCACUAUGCCAAUAGCUCCUCCAUCUAGGAAUAGCUUAUCCAGAAGAUCUUCGGAAUAUGGAGAAGGUAGAGUUGAUGCAGAAGAGGCUGACUUGACUGUACAAUCCAUUGAAGCACCACGGCGCUACUCUGCGCGAAUGAGUGACAUAUUUACUCCAGAUUCUCGAAGAUUUAGCAACAUUCAGAAUCCAUAUGCUUUUUCCAAGUCUUUGGAAACCGGUUAUAAUCAUGUGCAAGAGAGUGCUUUGAGUAAUUCUCCCGACCAGCUUUUAGACGUUGGAGAUGAUAUUCCUGUUUUUCGUCUUCCAUUGAGUGAUUAUGAAACAGCUGAUGCUGAAGAAGAAACACCUUCUACGCAGAGAGCAAAUACAAACUUGAACCAGUACCAAAGCCCUAUAUUUACACUAAACUCUGACCUUCUUGAGAACGAGGCUUCCUUUUCCAAAGAAUCGGUCGAAGGCCGUCAUUCCAUACACAAUCCCUCAAUCACUGAACCCCGGUUUCAGGAAGGUGAGGAAAGGCUUUCAAAAAAUGCGGGUGACGAAUCUCCUACACCUAGAGCAUUUGCAGAACAUGAUAGCAUUCAAGAAAUGGAAGAGCAGCAAGUUCCCGAUGCUGAAUCCCAUGAAAUAGAUGAAAUGCAAGGAAAUACCUCACCAAUCUCGGAACCUGUACUAGAAGACAGUUUGAAACAGCAGCACAUACCUGAUGUUGAACCCUUGGGAAGAAAUGAAAUGCAAGGAAAUACCUCACCAAUCUCGGAACCUGUACUAGCUGAUCUUACUGAAGAAGAUCCCCCAGUUAACGAAGAAAUUAAUAUACUUGAACAAAAUAUAAACUUGCUUGACAAAGAUGGUUUCAAGAAGCCAAAACGGAGAUCCCGUAAAUCUUCUUCAGCAACUUUACCUGAUUCGAACUUACGAAAAUUAGCAAACGCCUAUUCAAGAAAAAAUAUUUCAUCAAGUGUCAUUGAAGAGCUCUCAUCAGUAUCUGAGCAUUUUUUCAAGCAGGUCGCAGAGGAUUUGUCAGCUUACGCAGAUCAUGCACAUAGAAAGACCAUUGAAACUGAUGAUGUUUGUUUACUAUUGAAACGGCAAAGGAAGAUACAGGACAAGGUUUCUCUUAUGGCUCUUCAACGCUCCUAUUUAUCUAGGGAAAUUAGACCUUUGCCGUCUAGAAAGCGCUAAUGUCCCAAAUUUAUGAAUUUAUUUUUAAUGUUAGUUAGCUUUUGUAUAUUAUGAUAUUUUAUUUUUUCCCUUAGAAAAUUGCAC